GCCGCGGCCCGGGCUGUUGCUGCCUGGCUGGUGGCUGCGGCGCAUCCUCGCCAUGGAGUCCUACGAUGUGAUAGCGAACCAGCCCGUCGUGAUAGACAACGGCUCCGGUGUGAUUAAAGCAGGUUUUGCAGGUGAUCAAAUACCAAAAUACUGCUUUCCAAACUAUGUGGGCAGACCAAAGCAUGUUCGUGUUAUGGCUGGUGCUUUAGAAGGAGACAUUUUCAUUGGUCCAAAAGCAGAGGAGCACAGAGGUCUCCUCUCGAUCCGAUACCCAAUGGAACAUGGCAUAGUGAAGGACUGGAAUGACAUGGAGCGCAUUUGGCAGUAUGUCUAUUCGAAAGAUCAGCUUCAGACAUUCUCAGAGGAGCAUCCUGUGCUGCUGACAGAAGCACCCCUAAACCCACGCAAGAACAGAGAACGUGCUGCUGAGGUGUUUUUUGAGACCUUCAAUGUGCCAGCACUCUUCAUCUCCAUGCAAGCUGUGCUCAGCCUCUAUGCUACUGGGAGGACUACAGGAGUGGUGCUGGACUCCGGGGAUGGCGUCACCCAUGCGGUCCCUAUCUAUGAAGGCUUUGCCAUGCCCCACUCCAUCAUGCGGAUUGAUAUUGCUGGCCGCGAUGUCUCCCGCUUCCUGCGCCUCUAUCUCCGGAAGGAAGGCUAUGACUUCCACACAUCCUCAGAGUUUGAGAUUGUCAAGACCAUCAAGGAGCGUGCCUGUUACCUGUCAAUAAACCCUCAGAAGGAUGAGACUCUGGAGACCGAGAAAGCUCAGUACUACCUGCCAGAUGGCAGCACCAUUGAGAUCGGCCCUGCCCGUUUCCGAGCCCCGGAGCUCCUGUUCCGGCCAGACCUGAUAGGGGAAGAAUGUGAAGGACUCCAUGAGGUGCUGGUUUUUGCCAUUCAGAAAUCAGACAUGGACCUGAGGCGAACGCUGUUCUCCAACAUCGUGCUGUCUGGAGGCUCUACACUUUUCAAAGGUUUUGGUGACAGGCUCUUGAGCGAAGUGAAGAAACUAGCCCCCAAGGACGUCAAAAUAAGGAUAUCGGCUCCUCAGGAGAGAUUGUAUUCCACGUGGAUUGGUGGCUCUAUCCUGGCCUCAUUGGACACCUUUAAGAAAAUGUGGGUUUCAAAAAAGGAAUAUGAAGAAGACGGAGCUCGUGCCAUCCACCGAAAAACCUUCUAGCCCUGGGACCCGUCCUCGGUCUCUUCUGGAGACUCACUUCAGUUCUAAACUCGCUUUUCUGAGUCCGAGUGUCUGAGAGCUGCCUGUGUGUGUGUGUGUGCGCGCCAGCAUGCCCUGAUGUCACUGAGCAAAGACAACAGCAGCAGGAGGGUUAUAUUAGUACUACUAACUUUUUUUUAUUAUUAUUUUGGGUUUUUUUUUAAUGGGAAGGAGAAAAUACCAGUCUGAGUUUCUCCAAGAAUGGCCCAUUCCUUUUCCAUUUCACUCCCUGAAUUUCUGUUUGAUGAGCAUAUUUGUCACUGUUUAAGGAAGGAAAAAACAACAAAAGGGAACAGCUUAGAAACCGCCUAGCAAGCAAGAAGGGAGCCAACCACUGCAAGCUGCUCGCACAGGCAUUAGCCUGAAUCCAGUGGGUGGAUUGUCUGGAAAUACGCUGCUGAGGCCCUGUAGCUACUUACUACUUCAUCAUUGUCUUCACCAUCAUUGGAUUUUUUUAAGUUGUUUUUAAUAUAUUUUUUUUUAUUAAGAGAAAGCACAUUCUGAGUAGUUAAGCCCCUUUGCCCACUGUUCUUGGUGUGUGAGUGCGUGCGUGUGCGUCACUUCUUAGCCUGAUGUGUGGGGUCUGGACCACGGCUGGAGAAGUUGGUGAUAGGACUUAGUUUGUAUUGCAUGGAGUAGAACAAAGCAAUCUCUCAUCAGCUGUCAUUGUACUAGACGGUUAUUUUCUUGUACCUUGUUUUAAAUACCUUUUCUCCUCUGGAAGCAAGUGCCCCAGAGUGGGGACAAAGGCACUCGUGUGCUUCUCCUCGCUCUGCCAAGGUUUACAGCACUGAGUCCUCACGCUCUUUCUCUGUCAGAGUUGAGGCUGUGUUUCCCUCCUUCCUGCCGUGUCAGGGCAAAAGGACCAUCCAUUUUCGGCUAGGCAUGACUCUUGUAUUUUAUCCAUUCUGGGGCAAAAUAAUAAUCGGAAAGAUGCAUUGCAAUGUUAGAAUUGUUUUAUUUAUUUAAAUGUCUGAGAAUAUUUCAAAUACUGACCAUAGCACCCGGGAAUCAUGCUUUGAGUCUUCUCUGCACACCUAUUACCAAGCUGUCCAUUGUUCAAUGCUAACACUAAUAUUUAUAGCGCACAUGCUUUGCAUAAUAACCAACACUUCUUAGUGACUGUUCUUUAGGAAGUCUCGCUGUUCUCUAUGAAUGCACUAAAUGAGAGGACAAUAAAUUGUAUUAGUGUGUUAGUACUAUCAGCAGCUUUGUGAGCAGCAAGCUGUAGUGGUGGCUGUGUUCUGCUGUACUGUUUUGCUGCUCAUGCCUUUCCACUUGCCUGUUAGCUGCUUCUCUUCUACUGCUACUACAGAGAUUGUAAGUCCUACAGACCUGCUUGUGUUGGGGUGUGUCACUGUUUUCAUUCUGUUUUUCUUACUUUUAUGCAUUACUUGGUGCUCUUUUUUUUCAGUGUUGGUUUACUUUCUUUUUUUUUUUCUUAUGACUGCUGCUGAGAACCAAAUACCCUACCUUUUAGCCUCUUGACUAUUACACAUGGAGGCAGCAGCACAUGGGGUCAGUCUAGUACGUUUUAUAUCUGCGUACAGCCAAACUGCUGUAAUGGGAACACCAGCGGGGGAGAGUUAUUUAAGCAGAAGAGGGGGACCCAGAGCAUUUUCCACUCCUGUGAACACUGUAACCAGAGGGGCACAGGUGUGUUUGUGAUUUGGAUCUGUUCAAGAUUAUUUUGGUGUGUGUGGGGCUUUUUAUGAGUUUUUUUUUUUUCAGCCACCUGCUUUUCGUUUAGAUCCUUCAUGGAUGGUCUGAGACUCCCCCUCCAGAGUUAGAAUACAUUAGUGGUUUUCGUUCUUCACUAUAAAAGCCAUCUGCCUCCAUCAAAGACACAAAUGCAGGCCUUGGGCUUACUAUAGAAGAGUGGGUGUAGGAGGAGGGAGAAAAUAUUAAAGUCUGCACUUACGAAAAAUGGAGCCCGAUAGUAAAAUGAAGUAUGCAGUGAUCUUACACAUAAGUGACGUGCCUGUGGUAUAGCACUGCUUAGCAUGUUUAAGAGGGGUUGUACACCUCUACUUCACUGUUAUGCUACUGCAACAUUCACUGCACAUAUUGGUGUGUCGCUGUUAACAGCUGGGCACUGUCACUGUCAUAGCUACACCUGGAGGAAGCUACACGAUGCCCUGAAAAGCCCUGGGGGCUGUUGAUGCUGAGUGCAGGGGCUGCCCCAGGCCCGCGGCCGGUGUGGAGCCGUGUCUGAUCGCUGCAACCGCACUAGAAAUGCAAGUGGGAGAUUUGCACUAGCACGUCCCCACCGGGGAAGUGUCUCGGCGGGAGCAGGUUGCAGGAAGGAGCUGCCUUCGGCUCACCCAAGCCCUCCGUAGCCUGCCCUCGCAGCAGGGCGUUUCCAGGGACGCUGAGGCCGUUCGGCCAGAUUUUAAGGCAGCUGCUCUCCUCUGUGUCCCCGCUGUCCGACUGCGAGACUGGGCACGUUUGAAGGCAGCUGCAGCAGCAGCAGCGUUGUGUGCUGGUCCGUGCAGCUGGCACCCAACCGCGACACUGGCUCGGGAGAGUGCAGAUCAGUGUGUGAGAAGCAGGCCUGCACAGGAGACAGCUGAUGGUUCAGAGGGCUUGUCUGCACGUAGAGGUGUUUGGUGAUGGCCCUGUGUGGAGGCGCUUGCUCUACAGCAAAGCGAAGAAAUGAGUGCCUGCCUCCCAGAGGGAGGCAGAAAGGAAGAGGCAGUGAGUCGAUCCCCUGUCAGUGCUGAAAGGGACUUCAGAACAGUUUUAAACACAUGCUGCUUUUCAUCUCACUAACCUUUGCAUGCUGUUGUAGACCAGCUUUUAGCUUUCAUCUCAAAUAGAAGAGCAGCUGUGUUGCCAUGGGGAAGAGUUAGUACUGCUGGUGGUUACCAGAAGAUGAGCUUGCAGAGUCUCUUUUUCCUAGCUCAGACAGGCCUUGGCCGUUCAAAGCCCAUGCAGACACAGUGGCUUCUCUUCCAAAAUGAAUCCUGCAUGUUGGAAAAGGAGGAGGCGGAGAGCUGCUCAGGCCACUUGCCGCCAGUCUUCCUCAGUGGGGCAGCUCCACAGUCAGGUCAGGAUGUUUUGCUGGGGAACAGGAGAUGAUUCUCCUUGGAGCAGCGCAUGUCUAGCUCCAACUGCUGUUUGUGCUUCCUAAGGGAGUUCCCUGGUCUUGCUUCACAGGUAGGCAGUGUCCCCUGAAGCAAGGGGAAGGUGGUGGGAUCAUGUGUCCUUGCCAGUUCUAGAGCUGUGUUUCCACUAGGCAGAGAAGUCAGGUAGAAGGGCAGGACACUUGUGUUGGGUAUGAUGGUGGUCUGUCUCCCCAUGCAGAGCAUAAACUGACUUAAAGGUAAACAUGGAGAUUUCCUAUUACCUGCCUGGAUUUACGGCUUUCCAAAUUAAUUCUCCAGCCAUAGCCUGGAUAUUCUUUCUCUGUUUGACCGUGAAUGUUAAUACAUUGUCUCCCUUGUGAGUGUGGUUAGUUGGUGCAGCUGUUUGUGUAGCAUCUGCCUGGUAAAUUGGUCUUGCCAUCCCAGCAAGGCAGAGCACUGGAAACCAGCCCCAGCUGAUGGCACGCUUGGUUUCCAAUCUGCUUUCUAAACCAUCAUGAUCCUCCAAAUGACUCUGCUGCCUUCCAGAGCCACAAGGAGAGGGUGGAGGUUAGAAACCCCCAACCCGUCAGGAAGCUGUAGCUACCACAGCCUUUAGUGUAAAUGGUGAAGGUCUGUGCUGCAGUCCCUGAUGUCAGCAGUGGACUCAGAGUGGCUUGGUGGAAGUUCUUCCUUGGUCCUCUCUUUUCUGUUCAUUUCUAUAUCACAUUGGGGUUGAUCUCAAGAGCUGAGAUGGGGGGGUAAGAGCUGCAGGGCUGCAGCAGCAGCUUUGGCAAAUAGGCUUCUCCUUGGGCUUGCAGAGAGCAUGGCAGACGCGCGUCUGGCAGAGCAGACCCCUUUAGUGCCACAUUGUUGCGCGCUCUCUUGGGCCGAUGGACGUAGCGAUGGGAAGCUUUACCUGAUGCCGUUAGCGUGCUGCGCCAGUUGGCAUGAGCACAGGUAAGCAGCGUGCCGCCCCUGCGGGAAGCGUGCUCUCGGGCCUCGCUGCCGGGCUCGGAGAGGCUCCGGGUAGGCACGUUUGGUGGUUUGCUCCCAGAUGAGGCCAGGUUGCUUAUUCAGGUCAGAUUGUGUUUUUAAGCGAGAGCCUGUCACGUGAAGAGCUGUCAGUACUCAGCCUUGUUUUGUCGGAAGAUCAGUUGCGUCCUGGCUGGUUCGUUGCAGUGUGCGAAGGGGAGGAAGCAAGCUCGCCUCUGCUCCCUUACUGCGCGCCCCGGGCAGCACAGGCAGUGCCAGCCAUCUUUGCCCCCCUCCCCAGCCCCUCCGUCGCCCUUGCAGAAGCAGCAGCGCUCCGUUUUGUAAACUACGGCGCCAGGACAGAAAGGUGCUGUCGCCAACCUUGCAUUCGUUUGAUCUGCCUGACUGUACCCUUGCGCACUGUCCAAACCAUGUUGCCUGGUGGUGCCCAGCAUACUGAAAUAAAGUUGUUCAUAUACAAA